AUGACCUCUCUGCGGCACGUGAACCCCACGGUGAGGGGGAUCAGAGUCUCACCCCACGGCGCGCUGCAGAGCCUGGCUGCAGACAUCACACGGGAGCUCGCAGGGGUAAGUGCCAGGAGCCCGCGUUUACUCAUCCAGCUUUACCCUCGGCCUCAACGUCCCGGAGAAAUCCGACAGGGGGCGCAGAGGUCCUUCGAAGAGGUGAUGGACGUCAACUCAGCUGAUCCUCACCAGGCGGGAAUGAAACCCGUCUCGUUCGUUCGACAGGUCUUGGCGGCGUGCCUGUACCCUCAGCUGCUGAAAGACGGAAGUCUUCCUCUGGAUGUCAGACUGAGGGCUCAGAGUCUCCUGGAGGUCUGUGAUGGAGGAAGCGUGGGUUCCUACACUGCCUCCUCUGGCAUCCCCCACGUCAAGCAGAGCAUCGCGGAGUUCAUCACGAGACGAGACGCUGGAGUUCCUUCAUACGCCAAAGACGUCUUCAUUUCUGCUGGUUCUCAAUGGGCCUUGAUGCUGGUUUUGACCUUGAUUGCCAGUGGGGAGGGGGAGACUCAGACAGGCGUGUUGACCCCUGUGCCCUGCCCGCACACGCUGCCCAUGCUGCUGGAUGAGGCUGGGGUGAAACUGGUCCCGUACCAGCUGACGGAGGAGGAAGGCUGGGCCGUGGACCUGGAAGAGCUGCACCGAGCUGUGAAGACCGCCAGGGGGCACUGCGUGCCCAGAGCCAUUUACGUCAGCAACCCAGGAAACCCCACAGGUCAUGUGCAGGACAGGAAAUCGAUAGAGGAGGUGAUUCGGUUUGCUGCAGCUGAGAGACUCUUGCUGUUGGUAGAUGAGAUCUACCAGGACAGUGUGUACGGGCAGGACAGAGAGUUUAUUUCCUAUAAGAAAGUCCUGUUUGAGAUGGGAAGAGAGUAUGCGGAGACAGUGGAGUUGAUCUCCUUUCACUGUUUAUCCUGUGCCUGGUUGGGAGAGUGUGGUCUGAGGGCAGGAUUCAUGGAGGCAGUCAACAUGGACCCGGAGGUGAUGCAUUACGUUGACACCAUGCUGUGUACUAACAUCAGUACUCCAGUCACGGGACAGCUUGCUCUGGACAUCAUGGUCGACCCACCGAAACCCGGAGACCCCUCCUAUGACACGUACACACAGGAGAUUCUCCUCUCUCGGGCCACGUUCUCCCAGAAUGCUCUGCGGGCUCGGCAGUUCUUGGACGGUCUACCAGGGAUGAGCUGUCGGCCGGCGAUGGGGGGAGUCUACCUUUAUCCCAGACUGCAUUUACCGCCCGAGAUUCUAGAGCAGGCCGAGAUUCUAGGGAUGGAGGCAGACGUUCUUUACUGUCGGAGGUUACUGCGGGAAGAAGGUGUGUUGGUGGGAGCAGGCAGUCAGCACGGCGAGGCAGCCGACAGGCUUCACCUGAGGCUGAGCGUCCUCGUCCCGCCGGACGCCCUGGAGGCGGUCCUGGCCCGCCUCGGGUCGUUCCAGCUCCGCCUCAUGGGAGGGUGUCCCCACUCCGACGGGGGACAUACCUGCGGGACAGAGAGGCACCCUGGGCGCACCGGCGCAGGCCCCGGUGCCGAAAGCUUCUCGCCCAGGACGCGUCCGUCGGAGCAGACCGAGCGGGCAGAGAUGAGCUCCGCGCGGCAGGUGAACCCCAGGGUGCGGGGCAUCAGGGUCCCGACGACCCUGCAGGGAUCAAAGAAACCCUUCAAGGAGUUGAUUGAUGCCAGUUUAUGCGAUCCCCACAGGGCAGGGAUGGCACCCAUCUCAUUGGUUCGCCAGGUCUUGGCUGUGUGUCUGUACCCUGAGCUCCUCGAAGAAAAAAGCCUUCCUCUGGAUGCCAGGCAGAGAGCGCAGGGGCUUCUGGGGUCCUGCAAUGGCGGGAGUGUGGGUUCUUACUCGGUAACCCCCCAUGGCAUACCACGUGUCCAGAAAAGCGUCGCUGAGUUUAUAACGAGGCGAGAUGGUGGAGUGAGUUCAAAUCCUGAAGACAUCAUCUUCUCCACUGGUUCUCAGAAAACUUUGUCGCUGGUUUUGACCUUGAUUGCCAGUGGGGAGGGGGAGACUCAGACAGGCGUGUUGACCCCUGUGCCCUGCCCGCACACGCUGCCCAUGCUGCUGGAUGAGGCUGGGGUGAAACUGGUCCCGUACCAGCUGACGGAGGAGGAAGGCUGGGCCGUGGACCUGGAAGAGCUGCACCGAGCUUUGAAGACCGGCAAGGGGCACUGCGUGCCCAGAGCCAUUUACGUCAGCAACCCAGGAAACCCCACAGGUCAUGUGCAAGACAGGACAACAAUAGAGAAGGUGAUUCGAUUUGCUGCAACAGAGGGCCUCGUCCUCUUGGCUGAAGAGGUCUACCAGGACAGUGUGUACGGGCAGGACAGAGAGUUUAUUUCCUAUAAGAAAGUCCUGUUUGAGAUGGGAAGAGAGUAUGCGGAGAAAGUGGAGUUGAUCUCCUUCCACUCGAUAUCAACAGCCUGCAUGGGAGAGUGUGGUCUGAGAGGAGGCUAUAUGGAGGUAAUUAACGUUCACCCAGCAGUGAAUAACUAUUUAAGAAAUAUGCAGGCCACUUCCAGCCCUUCAGUUAUACCACAGCUGGCCCUGGAGGUCAUGGUCAAUCCACCCACACCUGGAGAACUUUCAUAUAAAACAUUCAAACAGGAGAUUCUUCACACUCAGACAACGCUGUCCCAGAAUGCUCAGCGGGCCUGCGAGUUCUUGAACGGUCUACCAGGGAUCGACUGUCGACCAGCGAUGGCAGGAGUCUUCCUUUAUCCCCGUCUGCAUUUACCACUUCGGAUGACAGAGGAGGCCAAGAUGUUAGGAGUGGAGGCAGAUGUGCUUUACUGUCAGAAGUUACUGGAAGAAGAAGGCGUGCGUCUGGGGCCGGGCUGCGAGAAUGGACAGGACGAUCAAAACUACCACAUCAGCUUUUCUUCAGACCUAGUCCCAAACGCUCCACUAAAGGACAGAGAGCCGCUGGUUUAUGAACGCCUGGCUCUCCUCGUGCUGCCGGGGGUCGCGCGAGGACAGGUGACACAGCUGCGACCUUCCCAGGGUCACAGACGGGACCGUGUUUGUGCUUGCCUGCGCGAGCUCCGAUAA